GGCAAAGCAGAAGUUGCGGUUGGCCUCGUCCUCCUCUUCUCCGUCGCGGCUCAGAUCUCUGCGUGCGUCGAUGGCGUCGUUCUCGGAGGCUCCCCCCGGGAACCCGAAAGCCGGCGAGAAGAUCUUUAAGACCAAGUGCGCGCAGUGCCACACGGUCGACAAGGGCGCCGGCCACAAGCAAGGUCCAAACUUGAACGGUCUUUUUGGGAGACAGUCGGGUACCACUGCAGGCUACUCCUACUCUGCGGGAAACAAAAACAAGGCUGUAGUCUGGGAAGAAGACACUUUGUAUGAGUACCUGCUUAACCCUAAAAAGUACAUUCCUGGAACCAAGAUGGUCUUCCCUGGGCUGAAGAAGCCGCAGGAGCGUGCUGAUCUCAUCGCGUACCUGAAGGAAGCAACUGCAUAGUUCAUUGACAUGCCUUUUGCCAUGAAGAGAAAAAUUGUUUUGCAGUUUAAUAAAAAACAUUUUAGACAAUUUGGGUCACCCUGUUUGAACAGGGUGCAACCACGUCUCAUUAUUUUCGUUCUUAUGGUGUCCGUAUGGAAUGCCUAGGUGUUUAGCUGUGCACAAAUAACAGUUAAACUUUGACGGCUCCUAUUUCAAGUGCUGGAGAAAUGCCAGUGCCCUAUUUUUGACCACCAGGGUGUGGAAUGGAAAUCGGUAAUGCAUCC